GAGGCCUCAUGGUCCCUUCUUUUCGGGGAAAAAGCAAAAUAAAAUUGAAGAACAUCUCCUUUCUAAACGGGAAACUCAUUUGUGGAUAGUGGUACCUGAUGGGUCUUGUUUAGAUUUUGCCCCCCUUUUUUUGGCCUGUCAGGGGAAGGUUUGUGUGGAAAGUACGGAAACGGAAGGUGCCGUCGCCGCCUCUCCUCGUCUGCUUCUCCAGCCUCCCCCCUACCUCCAUCGUUUCCUUCGGAUUAGAGACAAAGAAACAAGGCCUGAGGCCUACAUUCAAGCUGAUCAAAUGUCAUCUGGCUGAAUGGUUAUCUACCAAAAUGUCAAAAAGGCCAUCUUAUGCCCCACCACCCACCCCAGCCCCCACAACCCAAAUGCCCAGCACACCGGGGUUUGUGGGAUACAAUCCAUACAGCCAUCUGGCCUACAACAACUACAGGCUGGGAGGGAACCCGGGCACCAACAGCCGGGCUACGGUAGGAGAAUCAACUAUUACGUCAUCCGGCAAACAACAGGAAGUGACCAGAAAUGGCUUUAGAGCGUCAUCGGGCAUUACAAUCCCCAAACCUCCCAAGCCUCCAGAUAAGCCACUCAUGCCUUACAUGAGGUACAGCAGGAAGGUCUGGGACCAAGUGAAGGCGUCCAACCCUGACUUGAAGUUAUGGGAAAUUGGGAAGAUCAUUGGAGGCAUGUGGCGAGACCUCACUGAUGAAGAGAAGCAAGAGUACUUAAAUGAAUAUGAAGCAGAAAAGAUAGAAUACAACGAGUCAAUGAAGGCCUACCAUAAUUCUCCUGCUUACCUUGCCUACAUCAAUGCAAAAAGCCGGGCUGAAGCUGCUUUGGAGGAGGAAAGCCGGCAAAGGCAGUCCCGUAUGGAGAAGGGCGAACCAUAUAUGAGCAUCCAGCCCGCUGAAGACCCAGAUGAUUAUGAUGAUGGAUUUUCCAUGAAACACACUGCUACAGCCCGUUUCCAAAGAAACCACCGCUUAAUUAGUGAAAUCUUGAGUGAAAGUGUAGUCCCUGAUGUCAGAUCAGUAGUCACCACAGCAAGGAUGCAAGUUCUUAAGCGCCAAGUCCAGUCCUUAAUGGUUCACCAGCGGAAGCUGGAAGCCGAACUCCUGCAGAUAGAAGAACGUCAUCAGGACAAGAAGCGGAAGUUCUUGGAGAGCACAGAAUCCUUUAACAAUGAGCUAAAGAGACUGUGCAGCCUGAAAGUAGAAGUGGACAUGGAGAAGAUUGCGGCCGAAAUUGCUCAGGCUGAGGAGCAGGCCCGCAAGCGGCAGGAGGAGCGGGAGAAAGAAGCGGCCGAGCUAGCGGAACGCAGUCAGAACAGCACGAGCGCAGAGGAGGAGCAAGCGGCGAGCAAGGGAGAGGAGAAGAAAGAAGAGGGGCCAACUCCCAUGGAGACAGCAGAAGAGCCCCCUCCUGAGGAAACGAUUGAAAGUCAGCAAAAUGGGGAAGGGACCUCCACGCCAGAAGAUAAGGAGAGUGGGCAAGAAGGAGUCGAAAGCAUGGCUGAGGAAGGAACAAGUGACAGCAACACGGGUUCAGAAAGCAACAGCGCCAUGGUAGAAGAACCCCCCGCUGACCCAGUCGCUCCGGAGGAAAGUGAAAAGAAAGAAUUAAUAUACAUCUGCUUUUCAUCUCACUCACUCAUUCUCUCUUUUUCUUUUUCUUUUUUAAAGAACUAAUAGUAUGGGUUAGAAAUGGUGUAUAAAUUGUUGUUACUUCUUGUUUUAUGUUUUGGCCACCACAAAAUAUUGUACAUUUUAACCGACUGUAAUAUGUACUGGCACUGCAUUCAGAUAUCUAGGGUUGAGCAAAGCCUUCAAGGUAAUUAGUCGGAUUGAAAAGAGAUCCCAAGAACAACCACACACUCUUCUCAAGGAAAUGAUUUGUUUCAGGAUUUGUUGUUUUUUGGGAAAUGUUACAGAGUGCUGAAGAAGCAUGUAACACUUUGGGGAGUAAUUUGUUUUUUGGUUGCUGGUGGCUUAGGAUCUGGUUAUUAAGGGACAAGUUCUCCUUUUACAUAUCAUUUGGGGAUGCAAGUAGAAUUGAUAUUGGAAACUUUAGCUUGUGCUAACAAGAACCCUUUUAUCUAAUCCAUAAACAUCAGAAUUCCCUUCCUGGAUUAAAAAUGCUUGCUGUUUGCUAAGAAAGGAGGUUUCCCAUUUCCACUAGGUCCCAAACUAGAUUCCAGUCCACAUGCUGAGGACAUGGUUCUUAACCACAGUAAUUUUUUUUCUUUUUUUGAAAUAAGUCUUACAAGGGAUAUCAUUACAGAACAUAUUUUAUAGAGGAGUAGCUAAACAAGGUAAAUGUGGUUACAAGCCACAGUCAUCAGAUAUCUUUUUGCUUUGCUCUUGCCAUUUCUUUUUUCUAGUAAUAUUCACUUUGAUAAGGUAAUAAAAGAAAAUUUGACUGCCGUGCUGAAAAUGCAACAGAUCUCCAACGCUUGAAAGCAGAUGUCAGUUUCAGAUCUCUGCCGCAUAAAACUCCACAAAGCUAAAUGUUACUGGGUAGCUUUCUUUUUUUUUUUCUCCUGCAAUGGUUUUCUUUCUCAUGCAAGCACCAAAAACAAUAGCAGUUUCUCUUUAGGCAUGUGAGUCUGCUGGCCAUUUCUGCCAAAAAUGCAGUUGCAUUAUGUAGUUUCAUCAUGCCUUGGAGCUGUUGAGCAUAAUGUGGGAUCGUUCUUUUGUGGGCUUCACCCGCCCCUGUGCUCUUUGAUCCUUUCUAGAGAGUGGAUUGAUGCAAAAGGUGUGGUGGAGCACAAUCCGAGGCAGCUGCUUGAAGCUUGUCAAACCUUUUUGUUUCCCACGUUGUGCCACAGUAUGAGAGUGCCAUGCAAAUCAUUUGUUUCAAGUAGCUUUUUGAGUUGAAAGAUGUCUUGCGUUGUAUGUACUGUAGCUAUUUGUUUUCUUUUCAAAUGCAAGCUGUCUGAGAAUUUCUGCUUCAUGGUUGCCCUCCACAGACCUCUCCUUGGAGGAUUUAAGAGAGAGAGAGAGAAUGGUAACUUGAACUGAAAACAGAAGAUUUUAUGAGUAUCAUCUAUUUCAUUAUGGUGGCUUUUAUUUUAUUUGUUUUUUUUAAACACACCUCUUCAGUCUAUUUUAAGUAUUUUUGAUGUAAUAAACUAGAAUAUGUUUUCAGUGAAA